AUGUUAGAUAAUCGGUGGGUUGUACCAUAUAAUCCUUAUUUAAGUGCAAAAUUUGACUGUCAGAUUAACGUUGAAGUAUGUUCUUCUAUUAAAGCAUUAAAAUAUUUGUACAAAUAUGUAUAUAAAGGACAUGAUCGUAUUAAUUGUUUCAUAGAAAUUUAUCCUACUGUUUACGCUUUACAACUUCAUAUUAAAGAUCAUCAGUACGUAACUUAUAAUAGUAAAGAUGAUUUAUCUGUUAUUAUUGGAAAUGAUUUUAAAACUUUAAAUGGAGUAACAGUCAAUACAUAUCGAGAACCAGUACUUUUACAUGGUUUGUUAAAAGGAGACAACCAUUGUGAAGAAUGUCUAUUUGAAGCCAUUAUUUACAAAAUGCCCAGUUCUUUAAGACGUCUUUUUGCUACACUUCUUACACUUUGCAACCCUAAUCAUCCAAAGUUAUUGUGGGAUAGAUAUAAAGCCUAUAUGAUUGAUGAUUAUGUACAUCGAAACAUAUGUGUUAAAGAUGCUGAAAUACAAGCUUUGGAAGACAUCAAUUCUAUAUUAGAAUCGUCAAGAAAAAAUAUAAAUGAUUAUGGAAUAGUUUCAUUCCUUGUAAAUAUAGAUGAGACUCAAAGAUUGGCAAGAAUGAUUGUAGAGGAAACAAUGAAUUUUAAUAUUCAACGAGACUUUAAUUGUGUAGAGAAAUUCAAUAAAGAACAACGAUUUGCAUAUGAUAAAGUUAUGGAAAAAGUAAAAAAUGACUCAAGUGGUACUUUCUUCAUUGAUGGUCCAGGGGGAACGGGGAAGACUUUUUUAUACAAAGCACUUCUAACUGCUGUAAGAGGUCAACAUUUCAUUGCUUUGGCAACAACGUCCUCUGGAGUCGCUGCGUCUCUGUUACCUGGAGGUCGCACAGCUCAUUCAAGAUUUAAAAUUCCUUUAGAAACAAUUGGUGAAGUGAAUUGUUCUGUUAGCAAGCAAUCAGCUUUAGGAAUAAUGUUGAAAAUGUCUGGGUUAAUAAUUUGGGAUGAAGCGCCUAUGGUAAAUCGUUGCGCUAUUGAAGCUGUAGACAGAAUGCUUAGAGAUAUUACUGAUUGUAACUUGCCUUACGGUGGGAAAGUGAUAGUUUUUGGAGGAGAUUUUCGACAAGUUCUUUCAAUGGUACCGAGAGGGAAAAAAGAUGAUGUAAUGAAAGCUAGCUUGGUCUUUUCAGGCCUAUGGCCUUCCUAUUUACGUUUACCAUUGGUUGAGAAUAUGAGGGCAAAAUCAGAUCCUAUGUUCUGCACUUACUUACUCAGAAUUGGAAAUGGAACAGAAGAAGAACAUACUUGUAAGUGCAUUAUGCUUCCGAAUAGUAUAAUUCUACCAUUUGAAGAUGAAAUCACAUCUUUAAAAAUUUUGAUACAUCAUGUUUUUCCAAAUAUACAGGCAUAUGUUGACAAUUUACAUAAUAUGAUAAAUAGAGUUAUUCUUACACCUACGAAUGAAUGUGUUGAUUAUAUUAACAAGAUUUUACUCGAACAAAUUCCCGAUGAUUUUUCCACAUACUAUAGUUUUGAUGAAGCAAUUGACAAAUCGGAACAAAGCUUGCACGAAGAUUUCUUGAAUACUUUGACACCAAAUGGUAUUCCACCGCAUGAAUUGAAACUUAAGGUAAAUUGUCCUGUAAUGUUAUUACGGAAUAUUAAUCCUUCUGAAGGAUUAUGCAAUGGAACACGCCUUGUCGAAAAUUUGAGAAAAACCUCAUGGUUUAUUGAAAUCAUUUUGCUGCUUCUGCUUCUUGCUGGUUCUACUUGUGUGGUUGCAGGAUUAAAUGCUCAACAUGGUGUUAAUUUAAGCACACCUACGUCUUUUAGGAAUCCUGUUGCUGGAGACCUUUUGCAAUGGUUGAUGAAAUUACAAAAGGAUCUUCAGCAACAGCAGAUGGCUUACAGCUUGGAAAUCAAAUUUUAA